AAUUGAGUAGUGUGUGGGACAAACAUCUACCUACACAACUAAAUUUAAUUUCUCCUUCAUCUUCACUACUCUUCUUAAAACCACUCACUUCAAGCAAACAGGAGAGAGAAAGAAGAACAAAAACAACAAUGGCGAAAAUUGCAGGAAUAUUGUUUCUACUAUGUGUGCUUCCAGUUUUAGCAAUGGCAGGUAGACCAGAGAAGAAACCAUACUGUGUUCGUGGAAAAGUUUACUGUGAUACUUGCCGCGCUGGUUUUGAAACACCCGCUUCUACUUACCUUGAAGGUGUAAAGGUGAAGUUGGAAUGCCGCCACAGGCAGACACAAGAGGUCCUCUACUCGGCUGUGGCAACCACCGAUAGGACUGGAUCUUACAAGAUUUUCGUAGAGAACGACCAGAAGGAGAAUAUUUGUGACACCAUGCUCUUGAGCAGUCCCCACAGAAGGUGCAAAUUGGCUGACCCUGGACGUGAUCGCUCCCGUGUUGUCCUCACCAGCAACAAUGGUGUUGUUUCCAAUGAUCGUUAUGCUAACAACAUGGGUUUCACUGUCGAGGAACCCAUGAGUUACUGUGCUCAGCUAAUGCAGCAAUAUCAACUCACUGAAGAUGAAGUUUAAAUUUAGAUUCGUCGUCUGAGUGUAUGUUGGUUCAGUGUUAUGGGUAUCUACAUAUAAUGCUUAUUAAUGCUUGUUGCCUAGUUAAUUAUUUUACUUAAUCUGCUUGACAACUUCUGUCAUUGGUUGUUGCUAAGAUGAGCCGCAUUUGUAUUCCUUACUAUUGGUUUAGUGAUAUGAAUGCCCUGUAUUCUGUAUUUUAGAUCUGGAACUACAUCGUACCAAGAUAUAUAGGAUUAUCGCCAAUCUUUAAACCUUCAA